AUGUCGACCAGCACUGAGCUGCCGUUGCGCUGCCCGACCUGUGGAGAGGCGUGUGGGUUCGGAGAGCGCCUUUCCAGCAUCCACUCCUGCCAGAAGUUCUGUCUGAACACCAGACGAAGCUCUGAGGGGGGGCUGAUGUCCCUCGCCCAGCGAGAGAGAGAGAUGCCUCAUCCACUGCGCCUGGAGCUCCUGGACACCCUGAGUUUGGCGACCCGAAAGAUCCUGAUCCAGAGGGACUCGCCGUCCUCAGUGCUCGCGGUCUCCGUGACCUCCAGGGAGGCAGACGCCGGUCACGCCGUGGCCCAGGUGGGGGUCCCGUGGCUGGGCAGGCUCGCGCUGGAGGCCCGGCUUCAGCAGCUGGCUCUGGAGGUGCAGGAGCGCGUGACGCUCAGACUGGAGGCGCUGCAGGACGAGGUGAAGAGAAGGAGCGUGGAGGUGAGGAGAGCCAGGAGAGAGAGCGAGCUGAUGCACAGAGAGAAGCGAGAGGCCGAGGAGAAAGCGGCCCAGCUGGAGCGACAGGUGGAUAUAUCCGUGGAGAUGCUGGCCAGACUCAGAUACGAGCUGAGAGACAGAGACGAGCAACUCCGACGCAAACAACAGGAAGUGUGUGACCUGGACAGGUUUGUACGGGACACGGCGUUCCAGGAGGCGAGUGCUAAGAUCCGUCUGCAGCGCUUCAUUGAGGAUCUGCUGGAACGAGCGGAGCGGGCCGAGACGCAGCUGCAGAACAUCCACCAUGAUGUCACUUCCUCUCACAGAUACCUGGCAGGAAGCAGAGCUGCAGGGUACCAGAGGAGUUACAGUGUGUCGGGGACGAGCAGGAGAUCCUCUCAUCAGUCUGAUCAACACUACAGGUGUGAGCGGAGGCUUCGGACGCUGUCUGUGGGUUCGGGCGGUUGUGAGGGUCACUGGGACAGACAACAGUAUCAGCAUGCGUUGUGUGAAGGAGUCGAGGGUCCCGACAGCGGUUCUGACUCGCCCUGGCUGAUCCAACACACACACACAGACGCAGAUUCAGACAACUGGUCCCUUUACACCGCAGACUCACAGGACGACACACAACAGAACACCGGAUGCAGGACCUACAGUCGCACGGGUCAGGAUCUGUCGGGGCUUCACUGGUGUGUGAGCAGACGCAGGGAAUCGAUGGUGUGUUCAGAGCGUCUGCGGCUGAAAGCUGCUCUAUUCUGUGUGUUUAUAUAUCUGGACACGCGUUCCCUGCUCACCGUCGCUGAGGUGUGUAAGGACUGGCGCAGCGUUGCACGCCAUCCUGCUGUUUGGACCAGAGUAACACUUGAGAACGCACGUGUGUCAUCAAAGUUCUUGAUGACUCUGUCUCAGUGGUGCUGUCAGACUCAGUCUCUUGUUCUUCACAACCUCAAACCUCGAUCUCGUGGCAAGAAAGAAAGCAAAGACGAGUACUUACGGAGCACGAGGGGCGGGCUGGAGGCGGGGCUGGAGGCGGUGCUUAAGUCGGCUGGGCGGAGUCUUGUUUCUCUGAGCAUCUCUCAUUGCUCCAACAUCCUGACGGACAGAUCGCUGUGGCUCGUGAGCUGUCACUGUCGAGCGCUGCAGUCUCUCACAUACAGAAGCGCGCUGGAUCCGGCGGGACAGGAGGUGAUCUGGGCUCUGGGAGCGGGAUGCCGGGAUGUCACAACACUUCGGAUCGCUCCUCUGCAGCCGUGUCUGCAGCCCAAUCGCUUUAGCAACCGAUGCUUGCAGACGAUUGGACGAUGCUGGCCGAACCUGUGUCGGGUGGGAGUGGGCGGGGCUAGCUGUGGCAUCCAGGGAUUGGCCUCUUUGGUGAGGAACUGUGUGAAUGUGUGUGUGCUGGAGCUGGAUCACAUGAACGAGCUGAACCAGGAGGGAGCGGAGGAGAUCUGCAGAGACGGCCUCCAGCAGCUUCACACACUCUCCUUCCUCUCCACGCCGGUCACCGCCAAAGCCAUACUGCACUUCACAGGUGUGUGUGUCAAUCUCAAGUGUGUUAUAGUUCAGUUGUGUAUCGCUGAUUACUUCGAGGAUGCUGAAAACGAAGAAGCCAAGAGAUUAUUUGAGGAGAUAGUCAACAACCUACAGGCGCUGAGAAAGCGGCCGGGUCUGAGUGACGUCCUGCAGAUCAAGGUGGAAAACCCCGACAAUCACGUCUGAUGCGUUUCUGAUCCACUGUGACAAUCUUAUGCACACAUGCACAAACA